CUGUUUGUUUACAUUCAUUCAUUUGUUUACAUCUACAAAAAAUCAUUGCAAAGAAAAUAAAGGAAACCAUCAAUCAAAUAAACUUUAUUUACAUUCAAGAGAGCAUAUAUUUUUGUUUUCAAUCUUCCUCAUUCUUUGCAAAAUGGAAGAAAUCGAUGAUUCGUUUGAUGAUGUUUUAGCAACUAUGGAAUUACCGAAUUCACAAAAUUCGACUAAUGUACCCAUAAAUGAACCCAAAGGCGAUCUUCCAUCAACAUCAAAAGAGUCUGUGCCAAUAAACCAAUUAAAUGAAAUAACAGAGAAGCCAAAAUAUUCGAAUUCAGUUCAAGUAAAUCCAAAACAGCGCGGAAAUCCCAUUUUGAAGAGUAUUACAAACAUUCCCUGGGAGUAUAAUGAUAAAAUCAAGCCUGACUAUGUUGUGGGAAAAUCUGCUUGUGUUCUUUUUCUUUCACUAAGAUAUCAUAAUCUCAAACCUGACUACAUUCAUGAGAGAUUGAAAGAAUUGGGAAAAGAUUACGAACUGCGCGUUCUUCUCGUUCAUGUUGACAUCAAAGAAUCACAAAAUGCAUUAAAACAUUUGACAAGAAUUUGUCUUCUUGCCGAUCUCACUCUGAUGCUUGCUUGGUCACCUGAAGAAGCUGGAAAAAUAAUUGAAACUUACAAAUUAUUUGAAAAACGCGGGCCGGAUUUCAUUAUGGAAAAAUCAGAGAACGACGACUACCAAAAGGUGAUUAAUGCACUCACAAGUAUCAAAUCAGUUAAUAAAACCGACGCAAUGACUUUGCUUACAAACUUUGGCACUCUUGAGAACCUCAUUCAAGCUUCCGAGAACAAACUCAACUCGUGUCCCGGCUUAGGCGUUCGGAAAGCACAAAAGAUAAGUAAAGUUUUCAAUGAGACUUUCUUGAAAUAA